ACCAAGGUUUGAGAUUCAAGCAAUAUAGAGUGCUACAAUUUCUAAAACUUAAUCGGAUUAAGAGUGUAUAUAUAUACUUAUAAUAAAGGAAGAUGGGGACAUUUGAAGAACGUUAUAGACGGAAACUGAGACUUAGUAUAAGUAGUGGCGGUGGAUGGUUUGCCUUCAUAAUUAUUAGUGUUUAUAUGGUUUGGUGGUAUCAUGGCAAUUAUAUCAAGAAUAUGUGGGGGAAACUGACUAUUCUAGAAGAGGAGGUGAUAAAUGAAAAGUCAUCAAUGGAUAUGAAUGGUGGCGACUCUAAUUUGUUUCAACUUAAACAUAUCUUCCAUCAUGGUACUGGAGCCAAACAUUAUAAGACUCAUCGUCGUUUAGAUAUUACUCCAGAAUAUCUUGCCAAGAGUAAUAUUGAAGAACAUUUUACCAUGUUAGAAGAAAAGAAACGGAAUUUUAAAAUUCUAAAUGAAGAUUCAAGUUUAGAAGAUAUUUAUAAUGAACUUGACUGGCCCAAGAUUCAUGAGGGGAAAAAUCCAUUCACUAUACAACUCCCAAUGAAAGCACAAGAAAACAGAGGAAAAAUUCAAAGAUUGGCUGAACGUCACACCCCAAAUUUUAUAGAAUCAUAUCUUGAACAUGCCAUCAAGGUUAAGGGGAAUCCAUCAAUUUUGAAUAAGAUUUCUCUUGAAUGGGAAGAACAAGAAGUUGUCAUUCCAGACAUAAAGGAUAGAGAUACCUUGGUGUCUCUUGCUUCCAUUUCUUCAAACGCAUACGUUAGAUUACCCAAGAAUGAGGAGGAAAAGAAGAAACUGGAUUGGAUAGAUGUCGGUGAACCUUGGCAUUUGGCAGACAACAAGACCAAUGAUGAGAUGUUUGGAUGGGGUGAAGAUGGAAUUAGAGGUCAUAUAUUUGUUAGUAAUGAUUCCAAGACUGUCGUAAUUGGUAUCAAGGGUACUUCUGGAGCUGGACUUCCUGGAAGUGGUAGUGAAGAAACAUCUGUAAGUGAUAAGACAAAUGAUAAUUUACUUUUCCUGUGUUGUUGUGCUAGGGUAGGUUACAUGUGGACCACUGUAUGUGACUGUUAUGAGAAGGCAUAUACUUGUAAUCAAGAUUGUUUAGAAAAGGAACUCUUGAGACAAGAUAGAUAUUACCAAGCUGUGCUUGAUCUUUAUCGAAAUGUUACUGCAUUAUACCCACCAGAAUCCACCAAUAUUUGGGUUACGGGUCAUUCUCUUGGUGGUGCACUCGCAUCUUUACUUGGUCGUACAUUUGGUAUACCUGCAGUUGCCUUUGAAGCCCCUGGUGAAAUGUUGGCUACCAAGAGAUUACAUUUACCACUGCCACCUGGACUUCCCAAACAUUUGGAAAACAUUUGGCAUAUUGGCCAUACUGCUGAUCCUAUCUACAUGGGUGUAUGUAACGGUGCUUCGAGUACUUGUAACGUUGCUGGAUAUGCCAUGGAGACUGCAUGUCACACGGGGAAACAAUGUGUUUAUGAUGUUGUGACAGAUAAAGGAUGGAGAGUGAACUUAUUGAAUCAUAGAAUCCAUACUGUUAUUGAUGAGGUGAUUCUUCAAUAUAAUGAAACUGCUCCAUGUUUUGAUCAACCUCCAUGUAGAGAUUGUUUCAAUUGGAAGUUUGUAAGUCAUGAUGAAAAAAUUCCACCAAAUAAAUCAAAAUCACCUACAAAGAGUAUUAGUCCUCCAACACUGUCUAAACUGAAACAUUCUACAACUAGUACCACAACCACUACUACUUCAAGUACCCCUACUGGCGCUCCUCAGAAAUGUCUAAAGAGAACCUGGUAUGGUUGGUGUCUUGAAUGGGAUUCUGGUAAUACAACUAUCACUUCAUAUACUGGAAUUUCGCAUCCACGGAUAAACUAGAAUAAAUCAUUUACAUUUUUUUUUUUUCUUUGUUACUUCUUCACUGCAUGAUCACAUUACCCUAACUUAAUAGUAUUUAUAAUAAUAUGAAAAUCUCAUAAAGUGUAAAUUAGAGCAAAGAACAAUAAUGAGGCUUGAAAAGUCUAGGUCUAAGACAAAUUGAUGACAGUAGCAAAUUUAAUGCAAUUCUAAAAAUUGUUUUUUCAUGCAUAAUUCAUUCCUUUGUCUUUAAAAUGACAGUUACAUACUUACAUCAUCCUGUACACCACAG